AUGUCACAAAAUGCCUACGACGAGCCUGUGUUCUUUGCAGGCUAUAGUGAGCUGCCUCGCUCGCAGCAAGGCCUUAACGGCGCAUUAGAGUGGCCGUUGUUGAGGGACCUCGUGGGCAAUGUGCAAGGAUACCAAGUGCUCGACCUUGGAUGUGGUUUUGGGUGGUUUUCUCGGUGGGCACAAGAGAACGGAGCUCAAAAAGUCCACGGGAUCGAUAUCUCUCGGAACAUGCUUGAGCGGGCAAAGACUUUGACUAUACAUCCCGCAGUCACAUACAGUAUCGGCGACCUUGAUACGAUCGAGUUGGAAAAGGACUUAUAUGACUUGAUCUACAGCUCCCUGGCUUUCCACCAUCUCCAAAAUCUGAAGGAGCUCAUUGGACAGGUCUACGAUGGAUUGAAAGCCGGCGGGCAUUUCGUCUUCUCGGUUGAACAUCCCAUCUUCACAGCCCCUAUUAUUGCACCGGCUUGGACUGAAAGUGCUGGUCGAACAGCGGCAUGGGCUGUAGACUCGUACGCUGAAGAAGGGCUUCGCAAGAGGGACUGGCUUGGGAUGGAAGUCUUCAAACAACAUCGCACGGUGGACACAUAUAUAUCAUUGCUUCUGGGCACUGGAUUCAUUUUGACGGCAGUCAAAGAGUGGAUGCCGACUAGCGAGUAUAUUAAAGACCAUCCUGAGUGGAAAAGGGAGCGACAUCGUCCACUUUUCCUUGUGAUUGGUGCACGAAAGCCUAAGGGAGCCCAAACUUGA